AUGUGCUGCUGCCCGAGCAAGGCGUGCUGCAUCUGCACGCUCAUCGUGCUGGUGCUGGUGGCCGUCGGCCUCGUCUUCGGCUUCGGCAUCUACACCCGCGGCUUCCACAAGCUCACCGGCAACAUCCACCUCCAGGAGGACGCCUACGGCCCCGGCGCCGGCGGCUCCUUCCGCGCCUACGGCGGCCACCUCGCCCCGCCGCCGUACUAG